AUGGAGGAUUCGCUCGCGGAACUCGCGGAGUUGGCGCAGAGCGCGGGGCUCGAGGUCGUCGCGACGCUGACGCAGCGCAUGAAACACCCGCACUCGGGCACGUACGUGGGCAAGGGGAAGCUGCGAGAGCUCAGGCGGCUCCGAGACCCGACUGUGGACACCGUCAUCUUCGACACCGAGCUCACGCCGAGGCAGAACCGAAACAUCGAGCAGUACCUGGACGGUAAGGUUCGGGUGUGCGAUCGCACGAUGCUCAUCCUGGACAUAUUCAGCCAGCGCGCGAGGACCGCGGAGGGGCAGCUGCAGGUUGAGAUGGCGCAGCUGGAGUAUCAGCUCCCGCGACUGUCGCGGAUGUGGACGCACCUGGACCGCACGGCGGGCGGCGGCGGCGCGGGAGGGCAGGUCAAGGGCAUGGGCGAGAAGCAGAUCGAGAUCGACAAGCGCCUCCUGCGCGACCGCAUCCAGUUUCUGAAGAAGAAGCUGGACAAGGUUAAGACCCACCGGAUGCUCUACCGAGACCGGAGGAAAGAAACGCCGGUGCCGGUUGUCUCUCUCGUGGGAUACACCAACGCGGGGAAGAGCUCGUUGCUCAACGCGCUGACCGCCGCGGACGUCUACGCGGAGGACCAGCUCUUCGCCACCCUGGACCCGACCACGCGCAGGUUCCCGCUGCCCAACGGAAAGGACGUCCUGGUCACGGACACCGUGGGCUUCAUCCAAAACUUACCCACCGAGCUCGUCGCCGCGUUCCGAGCCACCCUGGAAGAGAUCGUCGACUCCACGAUGCUCGUGCACGUCGUGGACAUAUCCUCGCCCCUCGCGGGCGCGCAGGUGGCGGCGGUGGAUACCGUCCUUAAAGAGCUCGGCGCGAGCGACAUUCCCCGGGUCACGGUGUGGAACAAGUCGGACGCGUCGAUCGCGUCCGGCAAAGAUCCGGAGGCGUUGGCGGAGGAGGCGAGGUCGCGCGGGGCGGUGGUCACGUCCGCGACGACGGGGUUCGGCAUCGAUUCGCUGGUGCACGCGCUGCAGGACACGCUGGUGCGAGUGGCGCUGGUUCGCGUCGAGAUCGACGUGCCGUACGACGUCGGCGGCGUCAUCGGGGAGGUGCGCAAGGCGGGGGUGGUGGAGAGCGAGACGUAUUGGCAGGGGGGAACGAGGGUCGUCGCGCACGUCCCGUCGGCGACGGCUCGAAGGCUGGCGCACCUGGCGGUGACGGAUUCGUCCCCGCGUCUGGAAGAUCUCGAAGCGGCGGCGGAGGAGGGGGAGCCGCAGUGGUCGCGGGAGGACGAGGAGGCUUUCCUCGCCAUGAUGCUCGAGGAGGAGGAGGAGGAGGCGUCCGCUUGA